UUUGGUUCUUCUCCUGAACAAUUUGCCAAUAUUAGGCUUUUACCCAACUUUUCAUUUCAUUCAGUUUCGUUCCACUAAAACUAUUCUUUGUUUCUUUUUGCUAUUUUCUUUCUAUUCUGAGAUCGAAUCCAAGCUCUUGUGUAUUUUCCGGUCUGCUGUAUUAACCCCAUUGUCAAUAUGGAUGAUCAGGUGGAGAUUCCUAUGCAUUUUUUGUGUCCGAUUUCGCUUCAACUCAUGAGAGAUCCGGUUAUUGUUUCCACCGGAAUAACUUAUGAUCGAGAACACAUAGAGAAAUGGUUGUUUUCUUGCAAGAAUAACACAUGUCCUGUAACGAAACAGGUUUUGUCUGAUCCAGAUCUGACUCCAAACCACACCCUCCGCCGCCUGAUCCAGGGAUGGUGCACCCUCAAUGCCUCUCGUGGGAUCGAAAGAAUCCCAACACCAAAGCCUCCAGCUGACAAAACUCAGAUUGUAAAACUCCUCAAAGAUGCCGAGCAAUUCCCUGACAUGCAGCUUAAAUGUCUGAGGCGGCUCAAAUCAAUCAUCUCCGAAGGUGAAAGAAACAGAAGCUGCCUUGAAUCAGCCGGUGCAGUACAGUUCUUGGUUUCGAUCAUCAAGAGUAAUGAUCACUCCAUCUCACAAGAAGUUAGUGAUUCUUCAUCAUCUGGAUUUACGAAAGCCAGUGGUGAGGCCUUGAGCAUUCUUUAUGAACUCAAGAUCUCCGAUGGCUGCCUGAAGAAUAUCAUGAACAAUGAUUGUGGUGCUUUUGUGGAGUCUUUAAUUCAGGUGUUGAAGCAUGGAAACUACCAAUCCCGAGCAUAUGCAACAAUGCUAUUGAAGAACGCAUUUGAAGUUGCCAAUCCAUUCCAAUUGAUGAGCGUCACACCAGAAUUCUUUGCAGAAAUAGUUCGUGUUUUACGCGAUCAGAUCUCACAGCAAGCCUCCAAGGCAGCACUGAAGCUUCUGGUAGAACUCUGUCUGUGGGGCAGAAACAGGAUCAAGGCGGUUGAAGGAGGCGCAGUCAUGUUGUUGAUAGAACUCCUUCUGGAAGUUUCCGAGAAGAGAACUUGUGAACUGAAGUUGAUCUUAUUAGAUCAGCUCUGCGGAUGCGCGGAGGGGCGGGCAGAGCUGUUGAAGCACGGGGCAGGGUUAGCGGUGGUGUCCAAGAAAAUACUAAGAGUUUCACAGGUAGCGAGCGAUCGGGCAGUGAGGAUUCUAUCUUCCAUAAGUAAAUUCUCUGCAACUACUAGGGUUCUUCAGGAGAUGUUGCAGGUGGGGGUGGUGGCAAAGUUGUGCUUGGUGCUUCAGGUAGAUGGCAGUUUUAAGACUAAAGAGAGGACGAGAGAGAUUCUCAGGCUGCAUUCUAGGGUGUGGAAGAAUUCUUCGUGUAUUCCUUUUCAUUUGUUGUCUUCUUAUCCAUCUUCUUAAAACUUUGAAAAGCUAUAAUUAUAUUUUCUGUAUAGAUAGGAGGAAAUUUUGGGCAUGAGAAAAUAAAUUAAACUGCCCUCA